UUACCUCUUACUUUUAAAAAGCUUCUUCCAACAUCUCGGGAGCAACUCAUAGCUGUCAUGGCUGCAGCUACGGAUCGAAAAUAGAGCGGCUUCGGAUUCAGGAGACGAUAUCAAACCGGAUAAAUCUGUGGACACGCUUUAGACUCUCACGCGUGUGAUGCGUCGUUGAGUUGCGUCGUCUUUUCACCUACUUGUACGCUCCGUUGUGGAGUUUUGCUUAAUUGCUGUAAAAAGUAUCAGAUAUCUACCAACUUUAAAAGAAACAAAAACUUCAGCCCGAGUUGUACUCCGCUCUGGAAAUGUGGUGGAUGCUGUUUCCACGGUGGAUCUGGUUCCUGGCGUGCGUGUUAGUGUGGAUGGAGCACCAGGACGGAGUUUUGCCAGAGGUCACUUAUUCACACCCGGGAAUCUGCCCCAAUGACAUGAACCCCAACCUGUGGGUGGAUGCCAUGAGCACGUGUACAAGAGAGUGUGAAUCUGAUAAGGAGUGUGAGUCCUUUGAGAAGUGUUGCCAAAACGUGUGUGGGAAUCGGAGCUGCGUGGCUGCCCGUUUCCUGGACGGGAAUAAAGCCCCCAUGGGAAUACCCAAGGAAGCCACGUGUACAAGUUUCACGUGCACCCAGCAGGGAUCCGAGUGUGACAUCUGGGACGGGCAGCCGGUGUGUAAGUGCCGGGACCGCUGCGAGAGGGAGCCGCACUUCACCUGCGCGUCCGACGGCAUGACCUACUACAACAAGUGCUAUAUGGACGCGGAGGCGUGCUCCAAGGGCAUUGUCCUGGCCGUCGUCACCUGCCGCUUUCACCUCACCUGGCCCAACGCCAGCCCGCCCCAGGUAACCACUCUCCGCCCUACCACUGCUCCGCUUCAGGCAACCAUGCCACUUCCCACCGAACCUGUGACGCCCGCCUUGGUCAGCAGCCCAGUCCACCAGAUCGUAGCAGUGGGGGACACGGCCAGCUUCCUGUGUGAGGUGACGGGUCGCCCCAGGCCUGACAUCACCUGGGAGAAGCAGCAACCGGAAGGGUUGGAGCGGGUAGCCAUGAGGCCUAAUCAUGUGCGGGGUAACAUGGUGGUCACUAACAUCGGUCAGCUGGUCAUCUACAACGCCAAGCCGCACGACGCAGGCGUCUAUACCUGCACGGCUCGGAACCCGUCUGGCUCGGUGCAAGCCGACCAUCCGCUAACGGUGCUGCCCACGGAACCACAUAAAACCCUCGCGCCCUGGAAUAUGACCCGCUGCCUGCCCGAAGAGUGCCUGAAACCCCCCGAUAGCGCAGAGGAUUGUCGGAGCGAGAUGGAUAAAGUCAGCUGGUACUACGAGCCCAAGACCAACAGCUGCUUCUCCUUCACACAGUGCCACAUCGACAAGCAGAAGCCCUGGAAGGUGUUUGAGACAUACCAAGGAUGCAUGCAGUGCUGCGGCCCCGAGAUUUCGGGCCCUUGUGGGCUCCCCAGCCUGCAGGGGCCCUGUAAAGCCUACGAACCGCGCUGGGCUUACAGCAGCACUCUGCAGCAGUGUCAGCCCUUCAUCUACGGAGGGUGCGAUGGCAACGAUAACAACUUUGAAUCCAAAGAUGUCUGUGAGGAGACGUGCCCCUACUCGAAAAUCCACCAUUGCAAGGCCUGCAAGGUGAGAGGCAAGAUGGUGAUGAGCUUCUGCCAGAGCGACUUUGUGGUCUUGGGCCGCAUGACAGAGCUCACGGAGGAGAAGGACUCGGGCCACGCCCUCGUGACCGUGGAGGAGAUCCUGAAGGAUCAGAAGAUGGGUCUCCGCUUCUUCGGCAAGGAGCCCCUUGAGGUCACCUUCUUCAACAUAGACUGGAACUGCCCGUGCCCUAACAUCACGGCCGCCGCCGGCGAAGGACAGGUCAUCAUCAUGGGUAACGUGAGCGCCGGCAUGGCCGUCCUGCAGCCGGAGAGCUAUGUGGGCUCCUCCAGUCCUCGCCGCGUACGGAAGCUGAGGGAGGUCAUCUCCAAGAACACGUGUGACGUUCUCAAAGCCAUCACCAACAGCCCGCAGUGGGGUUAGGGUAAGGGGAACAACGUCUCCAAAAAGUUUAGAUUACACCACAGGAGGCCAUUCUCGUCCAAGCGUUAACUCUGCGUUGCAUGGAAUGUUUGGAGCCUUCUCGUGAAUUUUAAAGGAUGUCUUUCUUGUUUGUGACAAGUGAGUCUGUUAUGGCCCAUCAUUUGGUGUUGUUGAUUGAAAUACCAUGCAAGUGAACACAGAAGACAUGAUCCUUUUGUUGUCUUGUUCCCCCCGACUCCAACUUCCUUUGUGCCCAUUUCUUGCCUCCAGCUGAAAUGGAGAAUGCAGACUUUGCAAUGACGCACAAAACAGACACAACCGAGUUUAAUGUUUUGUGCAUAAUUGAAGUGUCCCAAUCUUUUAGAUUGUUUUAUUUUCCAGCUGCAAAUCUGCCUGGGAUAUUGGAUCACAUUCCCCCUUAUUUUUUUUGAUAUAUAAAUAUGUCCAUAUAUCCGUGCAGUGGACACGGUAAUAUUGGUUCAUCUAGUAGUAGUAAGUAGUACUAGUAAGUAAUAAGUUGUAUUUUAUUUGACUAACCAACACAUUGUCAUCUACUUGCUAUUACUUAUAUGGAUAUUUAUUUUCAUGUAAGCUUUUCAUGUAUCUUGUUUUUGUACUUAACGUCUCACUCUGAAUAAUA